AUGUCGACCAAAUCUGCGAAUGACAAGCUAUCCGCUCUGAGGAGCUUGAUGCAAGAGCACAACGUCGGUGCUUAUGUGGUACCUUCUGAAGAUGCUCAUAUGUCCGAGUACACUGCCCCGGUCGAUCAAAGACGAGAGUACCUCACUUCGUUCACUGGUUCUGCCGGUACCGCAAUCGUGACCAAAGAUGAGGCUAGGUUCUGGACCGAUGGUCGAUACUUUCUCCAAGCCGAGAAACAGCUUGGAAAAGAGUGGAUCCUGAUGAAGUCGGGCAUGACAGGCGUGCCGACUUGGCAACAAUGGCUGAAGAAUGACCUCCCAGCGAAAUCCCGGAUUGGCAUGGACCCGACCAUUCUCGCCCACGCUGAACACAGUUCCCUCACUAAAUCCCUCUCGGAAGGCAACAAGUCUUACAUCGUGGCGAUUGAUGACAACCUUGUAGACGACGUUUGGGGAACUGAGAGACAUCCUCGGCCUUCUAACCCUGUCAUACAAUUAGAGGACAAAUACGCCGGGGCGAGCGUCGGAUCUAAAUUGACAAAGUUGAGGGAACUCCUCAACCAGGUCGGAUCUCCUGGAAUCGUCGUGACACAGUUGGACGAAGUCGCUUGGAUGUUCAACUUGAGGGGAAGUGAUAUCGCAUACAACCCUGUCUUCUUUGCCUACGCCAUACUCACACCCGACGAUUGCAACCUAUUUGUCAAUGCAAAAUGUCUUUCCGAGCCCAUCCGGGACUACCUUCACAAGAACAAUGUGUCCAUCCUCGAUUACGAGAAGGUUUGGCCUCACCUCAAGACACUGGGAGAGCGGACGAAGGAAUCUAGAGCACAAAAGGCCAAGGAGGAGGAAGAGAAAGGCUCUACAGGACCUAAGGAGAUUACACUGCCGGACGGAGAAAAGAUUAUCAAGACUGACAAGGUGUUGGUUGGAAAAAAGACGAGUUGGGCGGUCGUUCGGGUUCUCGGCGAGGAAAAUGUUGAAGUGCGACGAUCGUUUGUGGAGGAUGAAAAGGCGAAGAAGAAUGCUACCGAGAUUGAGGGAUUCAGACAGUGCAACAUCCGGGAUGGAGCGGCCUUGUGUCGAUACUUUGCAUGGCUAGAAGAAGAGCUCAGUAAAGGUGCAAAGUUGACAGAAUACUCGGCCGCAAAGGAGUUGGAGAAUUUUAGGAAGCAGAACGAAAAGUUCAUGGGAUUGUCAUUCAGCACCAUCUCAUCUACCGGACCCAAUGCUGCCGUCAUCCACUACGAAGCUACCGAAAAUGACACGGCGGUGAUUGAUCCUAACCAGAUCUACCUGUGCGACUCUGGAGCGCAGUACCUUGAUGGUACCACUGAUACCACUCGGACGAUGCACUUUGGCACACCGACAGAAGAGGAGAAGUUGGCCAACACGCGAGUCCUACAAGGGCACAUUGCGCUCGACCGAGCAGUCUUCCCGAAGGGCACGUCAGGCUUCGUUCUCGACGCUAUAGCCCGUAUACCUUUGUGGCAGGAUGGUUUAGACUUCCGACAUGGCACUGGACACGGCGUCGGUCAUUUCCUUAAUGUCCACGAAGGACCUCAGGGUAUUUCACCCCGGCCAACAACCCUCGACAUUGCCCUCAAGGAAGGCAUGGUCAUCUCGAAUGAACCUGGAUACUACGCCGAUGGCAAAUUUGGAAUCCGAAUCGAGAAUGUCUUUGCGGUAAAGCGGGCCAAUACCAGAGAGAACUUUGGUGGCAAGGGCUACUUGGAGUUUGAGCACUUCACAAUGGUCCCGAUGCAGACUAAGCUCGUCCAGCACGACUUAUUAGCCCCCAUCGAGAAGAAGUGGUUGAACGAUUACCAUGCGGAGGUCUUGGAAAAGGUUACUCCUGUUCUCAAGUCUUUCGGCGAUGACCGGGCGCUCAAGUGGCUGGAGAGGGAGUGUAAGGCGAUCUGA